CACCCAGCACGCAGCUGUUUUCUGCUGGUCUCGUGCUAGCUGGUACAAAGUGUGGGAGGAGGAUGCUGGGGUGUGUGAGGAGAUGAGGAUGCCUGGGCUGCUGUGGGGGCUCCACAUUGCCACAGAACUUAGCUUCAAACAACCGCCACAUUAGCAUCUCUCCUACCUGUGGGUGGGCAGGCUCAGCAAGGUGACUCUUCUGUUCCUCCUGAUGCUGGCUAGAGCUGCACUCGUCUGUGCUCAGUGGGGCUGGCACCCUGGCCCAGAGCUCCCCGCCAGGCUGGUGCUGGUGCAGCCAUGGGUUGGACGUUCUGCUGAGGCUGUCAGCAGGAGAGGCCUGGUUCUCAUCCAUGUGGCCUUUCUAUGUGGAAAGGGAUGGAUUCCGCGAGCUGGUGCUGCAAGAGGGAGAAAACAGAAGGUGCUGGUUUCCCUGAGGCCUGGCAUCAAAAGUCCUGGAACAUCGCACUCUGCUGCCAAAGAGAUAAUCACCAUAUAAUUUCAGUACACAGCACCCCAGAAUUUUUUCUAUGCAAAAAUAAUCAUUUCGUUUUUCUAAAACAGAGUGAUUCUGCCCACACUGUAUAGUGUGAGCUGUGAGGAGUGGAGAGGGUCAAACAAGUCCUCUCAAUGGAGAUCCCAGGACGAGGGGUCAGAUCAUAGCCAUUCCUGUGUUUUUUUUUUUUUUUUUUUUUAAGAUUUAUUUAUUUAUUUGAGAGGCAGAGUUACAGACAGAGAGAGGGAAAGACAGAGAGAAAGGUCUUCCAUAUACUGGUUCACUCCUCAGAUAGCCACAACAGCCAGAGCUGGGCCAAUUGGAAGCCAGGAGCUUCCUCUGGCUCUCCCAGAUGGGUGCAGUGACCCAAGCACUUGGGCCAUCUUCCACUGCUUUCCAGGCCUCUAGCAGAGAGCUGGAUCAGAAGUGGAGCAGCAAGGACUUAAUUCAAUGCCUACAUGGGCUGCUGGUGCCCCAGCCAUAGGCUUAGCCCACUAUGCCACAGCACUAGCCCCAGCCAUUCUUGUUUCUGGAGCACUGUGUGAAGGGCCAUAUGUGUCUCACUUAAAUCUCCUAUCCAGCUGACGAGGAAGGCAUUGUCUUCAUUUGGUGGGCAGGGAAACUGAGAUGACAGGAGGUUGCUGUCCAAAGACUUAGAGCUACACUGAGUCCCACAUCCGUGCUGGGAGCCACUUGCUCCCUAUGGGAACACUUGCUCUCAGGACACGCCUCCCCAAGCCCAGCUGCCGAGAUGGGGAAAGCCCAGGCAAAGAGGCCAGGUGCAGACACUUCAGCCCACAGCCCUGUGGAGCUGACAGCUGAGCACCGGGAUCAGUUACCAGCCCCGGGAAUGCGUCAGGUUGGAAUCUUCAGCCCCACUCAGCCCCUUGAUGACUACAGCCACAGCUGACAUCUGACGGAGCUCAGUAGAGUGAAGCCGGUCCUGAGUGGUGAGCACUGGUGAGACCGUGGCUAUUUUUAGUCACUGAGUUUUGGCAGAUUUGUGCCACAGCAGUGGGCAACCAAAACGGGAGGGAGCUGCUUAACCUCGGACCAGUUCUUCCUGGGGCAGUGGCUGAGUCAGGGACCCCCCCCCCCCGCCCCCAAGAUCCUUGCUGGGCUCCGCGCAUGAGGGUGGGUCGCAUGUGAGUUUUCUUGUGCCCUUCCCCAGCUGGGGAAAAAUUCACUGAGUCACAAGACUGGGAGGACAAACUCUGUGUGAAUGAGCUAACAGGAAUCUGGGCAAGAGUCCCAGAGUAAAUCAUGUUGAUUCUCAGCCCAGAGGAGGCCUUGCCCAGUGCUGUUCAAACUCACGUAAACAGUGCUUUCCAGCUGAUUUGCUACUUUCAAAAUUUUCCAAUUUCAAAAAAGUAACUAUAAUAAAAUCACUUUAAAGCAAACAACAGGCAUUUAGCUUCCUGCCGAUGCAGACCCUGGGGGCAGUGGUGAUGGCUCAAGUAAGUGCCACCCUCGUGGGAGACCUGGACUAUGACCCCUGCUUCUGGCUUUGGUCCAGCCCCCUCCCUCUUGUGGGUGUUUGGGGAGUGAACUAGUGGAUGAGAACUUUGUCUCUGUGUCUCCAAUAAAUAAAAGCAAGAGCUGCACUCGGACAUAAGCUAAACACUGCACAGCUCCUGAGGGGCAUAAGUAGGUUCUUGUCCUUGGGGAAUGGUGACCACAGUCCUGGGACACAGAGUGGUGACAAGAUGACCUCGAGGGAAUCCUCUGUGGCACCUGGACCCCAAACUAUAUUUCAUUUUGGUUUCUCUCUCCCUUUUAUUUAUUUAUUUAUUUAUUUUUUGACAGGCAGAGUGGACAGUGAGAGAGAGACAGAGAGAAAGGUCUUCCUUUUGUCAUUGGUUCACCCCUCAAUGGCCGCGGCGGCUGGUGCGCUGUGGCCAGCGCACCGCGCUGAUCCGAUGGCAGGUCUCCCAUGGGGUGCAGGGCCCAAGCACUUUGGGCCAUCCUCCACUGCACUCCCGGGCCACAGCAGAGAGCUGGCCUGGAAGAGGGGCAACCGGGACAGAAUCCGGCGCCCCGACCGGGACUAGAACCCGGUGUGCCGGCUCACAGGCGGAGGAUUAGUCUAUUGAGCCGUGGCGCCAGCCUUGGUUUCUCUUUAAAGUCUCAAUUUCAUGGGAAAAGUUUUCAUUUGUGUCAUGUAUGGAUUUCUGUAGUUCAUGGAUUUGCUUCUGAUUACUUCUAAGUAAUCCUACAAUCAACUUUUUUUGAAUUCUGUUUCUUCAGUCUCUUCAUCUUCACGUUCUAGUACUGAGGUGUCGUGUUCUUCUGGGGGCGUCAUGUUGUCUUCCUUCUUGUUUCUUGGAUUGCUGUGUUUAAUUAGGCAUUUGUGGAGACACUUGUUGGUUUAUUUAUUUAUCUUUUCCCUGUGAUGGCUUGUAUGUUUGGACUAUGCCCGUGUGGCUUAGCAGAGUGUCUGCUCUUUCAGUGAACACCCAGGAGAGGUUCAGGUCUGUUGGUGUCGUCUCAUGCUCACCUCCUCUCCUCCAAGAAGACCAGUGCCCAGGCGCUAGCCCCGGUGGGUACAAUAUUCAUCUGCGCUGCCACAAGAACCACACAAAGGAUCCGUGCAGUCCUCACUGUGAACACGAAUCCUGCAGCGGUGACCCUCACCAGGGAAUCAGGGAGCCCUGAGCCUGGGGAGACACCCACAGUGACUGCUCAAAGUCCCAGCCACACCCUGCGCCCUCCCACACAGCCACAGUGUUUUCACAGUCCCAGCACACAAGCCUCCCACGGUCACGAGCACCCAGCCCCCUGUCAAUGCUCCCAGCCAGAAUCGGCUUCUCCUCUGUGCUGGUUGCUGGAUGCAAGGACACUGGCACAGCUGUUAUGUUUGUCCAAAAUGGUGCUGCCCUCUCGGCUAGUUACAGGAUGCUGGUGCUGGGCGGCUGGGGAGAGAGAAACAUGCCCCCGCUUUUCUUCUCUGGGUUGGCAUGGACACUGCCUCCCACGGACCGCACCCAGACUCACCAGAGGCUCUCCCCGCAGCUCUAUCGCCAGUGGCGUGGGCUGCUGCAGUCUGGUCUCACCUCUCUGCGAAGCUGGUGCAGAGUCUCAGCUGCUGGGUCCUGAGCUGUUCGCGUCCACACCUUCCAUGGCAGGUGAGGAAGCUCAGCGGGCUCAGGACCUCCUCCAACCGCACUUCUCAGUCCUCUCUGGCCCAGCAGCUCUAAUUUCAGAGCAUUGAAAGAAUCCGGGGAGGAUGCAGAGCCUGCGAUUUCCGGAGCCCCUCCCGAGAAGAUUCCACAAGUCUGGGGGGGGGGGCGCAGCGUCUUCACUUGAGCAGCAGCCAGGCGGUCUCUCUGUGGAUGGGCCCCUGCAACCUCAGCCUCCCCAGAAGUGUGAAGAGAGGACCGGCAGGAAUCUCCAAGCCGUACCUCCGGGACCAGAUGGGCCUGGGACUGGGCAGAGUCUCCAGAGCCAGGGAAGGGUCUUACAGCCCAUCGAGAGCAAGUAGAUUUUUUUAAAGGUUUGUUUAUUUGUUUGAAAGGCAGAGUGACAGAGAGGAGAGUGAAAGAGAUCUUCCAUCUACAGCAAGUGGGUUUUAAGUUGAGCUCCCUACAGGGCUGCUGUAAAGUUCUGUCACCUCCACCCCACCAGUUUCGUCUUUUUAGUGCUAAUUUAUUUUCAUCUACUGGAAAAGCAGAGCAACAGAAGAGAAACAGAGAGACCCUCCAUCCACUGGUUCACCAAGUGGAUGGGCCAGGCCGAAACCAGGAGGUGGAACUGCAUCCUGAUCUCCCAGAUGGGUGGCAGGAGCCCACGCUCUUGAACCAUCAUCCCCAGCAGUUUGUUUUACUAUAGUAGGUUUCCAAGAAAGCAUUAGAAGAAAAGACUUGAUUACUAAAUGCUCCCCCAUAUGGUUUUUUAAACUCAUACUGGCAAGGAGGAGAGAGAUUGGAAUCCCUUACAUCGCUGGUGGGGAUGUAACACAGGGCAACCACUGGCUUACAGUGUGGCCGCUCCUCCUGGGUGGAACAUAGAGUGUUACCAUCCGACCAGCAGGUACUCGAGAGAACAGAUGGCAGAAGUUCAAACAAGAACUUGUAGGCAACAACUUACAGUGUUCGCAGCAGCAGCAGCACCCCUCACAGUAGCCAAGAGAUGGAAAUACCUCCUACACCCGUCAACUGAUGACUUAGUACACAAAAUGUGCUACAUUCCAACAGCAGAGAGUAUUCAGCCACGCUUCAGCAUGGACCAGCCUGGAAAACACGGUAGUGAGUGAAAGACAUUAGACAGAGAGGUCGCAUUUCUAUCAAUCCGUUUGUAUGAAGUGUCCAGAACAGGCAAACCCAAAGAGACAGAUGGCCCGAGGGGUUGCCGGGGCCGGGGCGGAGUAGUGGGGGAGUGGCUGCAUAAUGGAUAUGGGGCUUCUUUUUGGAAUGAUGACAUGCCCUGGAACUGGAGGAGAUGGUGUACUCAUUGAGAAUAUAUUAAAUUUCAGUUAUGGCAAAUUUUACAAUUUAAACUUAAAAAAACAAACAACUAAGUUGUAUUUGAAGGCAGAUGGACAUGGAGAGUGCUCGCACCUGCCGAUUUACUCAAAUGCUCCCAACAGCCAGCUGGGGCUGAGCCGAGGCCGAACCUGGCAGCUGGGGAUGCAACCCGGGAAUCCCAUGUGGGUGGCGGGAGCCCAAAGACUUGAGCCGUUGCUGCUGCUUUCCUUCUAUAGCAGGAAGCUGGAGUCGGAGGGAGAGCUGGGUGUUGAACCCACGUACUCUGAUGUGGGGUUUGGGCAACUGCUUUUAAAAUUAUUUGUCUAUUUGAGAGGAAGAGAGAGAGGGAGAGGACCCGCAUGCACUGGUUCACUCCCCAAAUGCCUAGAAUGGCUAGGGUAGGGGGCUGGCGGACUGAAGCUGGGAGCCAGAAACUCAGUCCAGGUCUCCCACACGGGUGGCAGGGACCCAACUACUUGAGCCCUCACCGCUGCCUCCUACAGCCUGCCUUAGCAGGAGCCAUCACAGAGCUGAAACCACCAGGUGCUGCCGUGUGGCACACAGGGGUCCUAACUGGCAACUUAACCACUUAGGCCGAACACCCACCUCGGUAAUGGUGAAUUUUACUUGUAUUUUUACCACAAGAAAAAUCCCAACACACAGAUUUAGAACAACCACUUCAUUUUUACUAAGAAGGAAGUUGAAGUCAGAAGAGGAAACAGCCUGGAGAGAUCACUCAGUGGCGGCCAGGGCCACUGACCCCGCACCCCCCACCGCGGGCUGCCUCCCGUCCUCAAACAAGGCCUGAGCCACACGCCCCCCACCCCCAGCCCACAGUGCACCUCCCCUCUCCUCUGCAUGGCCAGUGAUUGCUCCCUUCAAGUGUGAUGAACGAAAGGCAAACCCCAUCUCGCGUCUUCCCACACACCUGUCUGCAGCUGCAGCCUCCUGGCGGGUGGGGAAGGGCUGGGACGAUGGGCUCCUCGCGUGGUAGCCAUUGCUCAGGUUCCUAAACCGAAACAGAACUCAGCAGUGGAGAGGUGAGAAAGCAGCCAGCUCUGCCUGUGUGCCCAGGGGCUGCCUCGCGAUGGGAACGGGGAGGCAACCCUGAGUCCUGACGUGACCUGCUCCUCUUAGCCUGGAAGGCCACUGACGCCCGGAUUUGGAGUAGUGGAGGUAGCGGGAUGAAUCCGGACACUGAGGCACACCGUGUGGUGUGUGGCGCAGCAGUGACAGGACGCUCACGUCCCAGACCAGCUCCCCGUUCCAGCCUCCUGCUGAAGCACCCCCCGAGGGGCAGCAGAGACGGCGCAAGUGCUUGAGCCCGUGUCACCCAGGUAGGAGCCCAGGGUGGAGCUCCUGACUCCUGGCUUCGCUUGGCCCAGCCCCAGCUGCUGUGGGUAUCUGGGGAGUGAACCAGCAAGUAGGAGACUGUUGUCUCUGCUUCUCUGCUUUUCAAAUAAGGGAAAAUAAUUCAACAUGUACCAAUCCGCCAGCAGCGGUGCAGUUUCUGAGUUGGGAAGGAGAGUUUCCACAGGCAGCAGUGGCGGCCCGGAGUGCUUUCACUGAAGCAGCCUGGCCCAGCCGGGAAGGGCAGCCGAGGGUGAGGAGCGUAGGAAAUGCUGCGGGCCCUCGUGGCACGGUGCUCUGAGAAGCCCUGCAGAAGGCGGCCUGCUCUGGCGCUGUUUAAGCCAGUGCUCCCAAAGUCUUUUGACCCCAGAAGUCCUUUCUCCCCUCCUACAACUCAUUCAUACCCCGGGAAAGCCACGUUUCCGAGAACACUCUGGGAAAUGCUGCCCCGAUGCCCUGGGGAGGUUGGUUCCGGCCGCCGGGCCCUGCAGCGAGCAGACGGGAGAGAUGGAGUCUGCUGCGAUCACCCAGCAAACACACCCUUGAUUGUGCUCGGGCUCCUUCCCACACUGUCAGCCUGUGGUUCUCCCCAUGGCAGCAAAGGUGACGCUGACCCUUCCCAGGCAUCCUCCGCUGGAGCCCUUCCCUGCCACCUGUGCGAGCCUUCCCUCCACCCGUCCCACAGACGACGGCAUCGCCACCGGAGCGCAGGUAAAGGGGCCUCUCUGGUGAGCUCAGGCCCGGGCUGCAGGCUGCAGGCUGCAGGCCUCCACACCUGCGCGCUCUGUCCUGCUCCACCGCCCCGAUUCCACUUCUGUUCUUGGGAAGUGGCUUGAGGAGCUGUUCUGGGUCUGAAGGCAGAGGCCUUGCUUUCCCGUCAGGAACUGCAGAGGCAGUCCGCGCUCCACACCACCGAGUCUGAGUCUCCUCUCUGCUCUGCAGGACGUGGAGGCCAAGGGCAGCACUGCCCCAUCUUGCUGGCUGUUCCGAGACAGCCAGAAACUGUCCCAGGAGCCCUCGCCACCCCCACCUCCAGCAGGGUAGGACGGUCGGGCUUGGGCUGUCCGCUGCUGCUGGGCCCAGGGCAGCCUUCCCCCAGCAGGGGAAGAAAGCAGCGGCUUUGCGCAGGCCCCCAGGUGCUUCCUGGCACGGAUGCGUGCGCACAUGCGUGUGCUGUGGCGGGUGAGGCCAGGCUUCAGAGCCGCUCUGAGUCGCCGGGCUCAGGGCCCCCUCGGGCGUACACCCGGGUCCCGUCUGCCUUCCUGCGCAGGCGGUGUGGUUGGCCCCUGUUUGUCACCUCCAGGUCUCAGCGUCUAACAGGCCUCGCCUCUUAGGAAGAUGUGUGCGCCAGAGCUUGGCCCUCCAGGGGCCUCUGGUGACUAUGCUCAUCUUCUACUCCUCUGCCACCGCCAGCCCCCAGCCCCGGCCCAGGAAGACAGUGGCAGACACGGGGAGCCGGGCCGCCCAGGCAGGCCGCCCCUAGACCUGCAGGCCCCGCGCGCCCGCAGGUGCCCGUUGAGUUGAAGGCUGGCCUCUGCAGCGGCUGAGGACUGUUCUGGGCACGGAGUGUUGGGGUGGGUGCUGAUUGGGUGGCAGUCGCUGCUGGGCGGCUCCUCACACUCUCUCUUCUCUCUCCCCAUGCUUUCCUUGCCAUGCCCGUUUUGUAACUGACGUGUGUUCUGUUUAUCAGACAGAGGUCUCCCACAUGAGUGGCAGAGAUCCAAGCACAUGGGCCAUCACCUGCUGCCUCCCAGGAUUCGCAUUAGCAGGAAACUGGAACUUGGAGCUGAACUGGCACUCUGAUACGGGAUUCAAGUGUCCCAAGUGGUGUCUUAACUACUGUGCCAAAUGCCGACUCCUCUCUGACAUUAAGUGUUAUAUAAUUUUUUAAAAAAGAUUUAUUUAUUUAUUUGAAAAGAGUUACACACAGAGAGAAGGAGAGAUCUUCUAUCUGCUGGUUCACUUCCCAAAUAGUCACAGCAGUUGGAGCUGGGCCAAUCUGAAGCCAGGAGCCAGGAGCUUCUUCUGUGUCUCCAAUGCGGGUGCAGGGGCCCAAGGACUUGGGCCAUCUUCUACUGCUUUCCCAGGCCAUAGCAGAGAGCUGGAUUGGAAGUGGAGCAUCCAGGACUUGAACCGGUACCCAUAUGGGAUGCCGGCACUUGGCCCCAAUAUAUAGAGAAUUAAACAACGGUAAGUCUGGAACAAAGAAAGGAGGAGAAGGUCCCCUCCAUGCAUUUCACUCAGCAGAAUUUCUUAAGUCCCCACUAUGUCCUAGAUUUUGUCUUAGAAGAAUAAGGUAGUAUCUCUCUCUCCUGGAGCUCAUGGUCAGUGGUCAAAAAGGGUCGAGGGGAGACAUCGGCCACAGCAGUUAAGAUGCUGCUUGAGGGGUCGGCGCUGUGGCACAGUAGGUAAAGCCAUCACCUGUGGCACUGGCAUUCCACAUGGGCACCCGUUCAAGUCCCAGCUACUCCAUUUCUGAUCCAGCUCUCUGCUGUGGCCUGGGAAAGCAGUGGAAGAUGGCCCAAGUGGUUGGGCCCCUGCACCUACAUGGGAGACCCAGAGGAAGCUCCUGGCUCCUGGCUUUGGAUCUACCUAGCCCUGGCCUUUGUGGCCAUUUGUGAAGGAAGAUCUCUCUCCCUCUCUCUCUCUCUCUCUCUCUGUCUACUCUCUCUCCCUACCUUCCUAUCUCCCUCACUCCCUCUCUCCCUCCUUCUCCUGUGUUUCCUUCUCUGUAACUCUGCCUUUCAAAUAAAUCUAAAAAAAAUAUGCUGCUUGGGAUGCCCACAUUCCAUAACAGAGUGCCUUGUUUCAGGGCUGGCCCCACUUCUGAUGCAGCUUCCUGCUAAUUCGCACGCUGGGAAGACAUCACGUGAUGUCUGAAGUACUUGGGUCUCUACUACUCAUGUGGAAAACCUGGAUCGGAUGGAGCCUGGCUUCUGCCUAGUACAGCUCUGGCUAUUGUGGGCAUUUGUGGUGGAAGAUCUCUGUCACUCUCCAUCUCUCUGCCUUUCAAAUAAAGUUAAAAUAAUUAAUUUAAUAAAAAGAUAUGAGGCCGGCGCCGCGGCUCACUAGGCUAAUCCUCCACCCAGCAGCGCCGGCACACCGGGUUCUAGUCCUGGUCGGGGCGCUAGAUUCUGUCCCGGUUGCCCCUCUUCCAGGCCAGCUCUCUGCUGUGGCCAGGGAGUGCAGUGGAGGAUGGCCCAGGUGCUUGGGCCCUGCACCCCAUGGGAGACCAGGAGAAGUUCCUGGCUCCUGCCUUCGGAUUAGCGCGGUGCGCCAGCUGCAGUGCGCCAGCCGUGGUGGCCAUUGGAGGGUGAACCAACGGCAAAGGAAGAGCUUUCUCUCUGUCUCUCUCUCUCACUAUCCAUCUGCCUAUCCAUCUGCCUAUCAAAAAAAAGAAAAAAAAAAAGAUAUGAGAGAGACCAGUGCCGUGGCAUUGCAGGUAAAGCUGCUACCUGCACUGCUGGCAUCCCAUGUGGGCGCCAGUUGGAGUCCUGGCUGCUUCACUUCUGAUCCAGCUCUCUGCUAUAGCCUGGGAAGGCAGUAGAAGAUGGCCCAAGUGCUUGGGCCCCUGCACCAACAUGGGAGACCCGGAAGAGACUCCUGGUUUCUGGCUUCAGAUCAACACAGCUCUGGCUGUUGCAGCCACUGCGGAGUGAACCAGCGGAUGGAAGACCUCUCUCUCUCCCACUCUGGUCUACCUCUCUGUAACUCUGAUUUUCAAAUAAAUACAUAAAUCUUUUUAAAAAGAAAAUGAUAUGAGGAUAUUUGGAGCUCAGUAUGAUAGAGGCAUCAGAAUAUUGACUAGACACAGUGUAAUCUAAUUAGCCACAUGUCUGUAUUAGAUAUUUAAGUUAUUUAUAUAUUUUUCCAGUUCAUAUCCUGGCUGCUCCUCUUCUGAUCCAGCUCUCUGCUAUGGCCUGGGAAAGCAAUGGAAGAUGACCCAAGUGCUUGGGCCCCUGCACCCACAUGGGAGACCCAGAGGAAGCUCCUGGCUCCUGGCUUCCGAUCAGCCCAGCUCCAGCUGCUGUGGUCAUUUGGGGAGUGAACAAGCAGAUGGAAGACCUCUCUCUGUCUGUCUUUCCCUCUCUCUGUCUAUAACUUUGCCUCGCAAAUAAAUAAAAAAAAAUUUGAAAAAAGACAUUCAUUUAUUUGAAAUGCUGAGUGACAGAGAGAAGGGUGAGACAGAGAGAGGGGCGGGGGGAGAUAUCUUCCAUCCACUACUUAAAUUCCCAAAUAGCAGCUUCCAGGGUCUCCCACAUGGGUGGCAGGGACUCAAGCACUUGGCCCAUCUUCUACUGUUUCCCAGGCAUGUUAGCAGGGCGCUGGGUCGGAAAUGGAGUAGUGGGAACUCCAACUGGCACUCAUAUGGGAUGCUUAACCUGCUGCACCACAGUGCCAGUCCCUGUUUAUAUGUUUUUCUUUAUUACAGAUAAGAUCACAGUGAACCUUUGCAUGCGUAUGCCUUUCUCUCUGCCUUGGAUUGUUUUCUGUCUCUCCCUGAAGGUUUGACUUUGGAUUUCUGGAGUCCAGUAAUGCUGCACGUUGUAUUGUCCAAGGACUGCCACAGCUGUAGCUCCCACCCCGUACGCCCUUGCCACCGUUCUUGAAAAGGGACACACGUUCCUCCUCUUGAUUCUGGACUUCUGACUGAUUCCUCUGAUAGAGUACAGUGCAUCUGUUGCCUGGCUGUCUUGGGAUGCUUGUUCGGCAGGUAAGGUGUUCAACUACCUUGAGACCACCCUGCUGGAAGGCCACGGACACCUGCUCCCGAUCGAUCGCAGCACAGUGGAGCUCCCAGCAGGAGCCAGCAGCAGCCAGCAGCGCCCGGCAACCAGUAGCAGAGACCAGGAGAGAAGGCAGCGUUGAUUGAUUCCGUGUCAGCCGGGGCGUUCCGUGCUCCGCAUGAGGAAAAGGGCAGUUUCCACGGUGACUGAGACCGGUGUGUGCGGACAAGGUGUCUAGCAUCCUGAUCUUUCCUUGUUACUCUGCAUCAUAAGUGGGCAGGGCCAGAUCUAGCAAAUAAAAACACAGGACACCCAGUUAACUACAAGCCUAAGACUAUUCGUUACUCUUCCUACCAUUCCAUUGGCACGCAGCCCCAGUGAUGUCACCACGCCUGUUCACCCCCAAGUGCUGGGAUUUUUACAACCUUGAUUGACUCAGUCCCUGAGCUCUGCAUCCUCACCUCGGCUUCAGCUCUUGCAGACCCCGUGACGCCAUCCUGUGAGUAGCACCCAGGGAAGUCGGCGUUGCCCCCACCUCCUGGGAGUGUCCCAGGAUCUGCAGUUUAUCUCUGUCCCAGGGAUGAAGAUGGACGACAGGUGCUACCCCGUGAUCUUCCCAGACGCGCAGAAUUUCCGCCCCUUCACUUCUGAUUCUCUGGCUGCCAUUGAGAAGCGGCUCAUCAUCCAAAAGGAGCAAAGUAAAUCCAGAGACAAGACAGGGGGUGCAGGAGGUGAGCCCCAACCCCGGCCUCAGCUUGACCUGAAGGCCUCCAGGAAGCUGCCUAAGCUCUAUGGCAACAUUCCCCCUGAGCUGAUAGGGAAGCCGCUGGAAGACUUGGACCCGUUCUACAGAAAUCAUAAGACAUUUAUGGUGUUGAACAAAAAGAGAACCAUCUACCGCUUUAGUGCCAAGCGGGCACUGUUCAUCUUCGGGCCUUUCAGUUCCAUCAGAAGCUUAGCCAUUAGAAUCUCAGUACAUUCGGUGUUCAGCAUGCUCAUCAUCAGCACCGUGGUCAUCAACUGCGUGUUCAUGGCGAGAGGUCGCGUGAAGGACAGCAACAGCACAGUGCCCGACACCGCCGAAUACGUCUUCACCGGGAUUUACAUUUUUGAAGCUUUGAUAAAAAUACUGGCAAGAGGUUUUAUUCUGGAUGAAUUUUCUUUCCUUCGAGAUCCAUGGAACUGGUUGGACUCCAUCGUCAUUGGAACAGCGAUUGUGUCCUAUUUCCCAAACAUCAACAUCAAUCUGUUGUCCCUGCGAACCUUCCGAGUGUUCAGAGCUUUGAAAGCCAUUUCUGUGGUUUCAGGGCUCAAGGUCAUUGUGGGGGCCUUGCUGCGCUCCGUGAAGAAGCUGGUGGACGUGAUGAUCCUCACCCUGUUCUGCCUCAGCAUCUUUGCGCUGGUGGGCCAGCAGCUCUUCAUGGGAAGCCUGAGCCUCAAGUGUGUCGACAACGAGUGCGUGAACCACAGUCAUCACCUGGCAGACAAAUGCUUUGAGAAAGAAGAAAACUCUAAAGAAUUCAGAAUGUGCGGCACCUGGAUGCAGGACAGAGCCUGUUCCAAAAAUUACACAUGCCGCCUCACCAAAUUUAAUCCCGACUACAAUUACACGAAUUUUGACAACUUUGGCUGGUCUUUUCUUGCCAUGUUCCGGCUUAUGACUCAGGAUUCCUGGGAGAAACUUUAUCAGCAGACGCUGCGCACUGCUGGGCUCUACUCCGUCUUCUUCUUCGUGGUGGUCAUCUUCCUGGGCUCCUUCUACCUGAUUAACCUGACCCUGGCUGUGGUCACCAUGGCCUACGAGGAGCAGAACAGGAACGUCGCCGCGGAGACCGAGGCCAAGGAGAAGAUGUUUCAGGAAGCCCAGAGGCUGCUAAAGGAGGAGAAGGAGAAUCUGGUUGCCAUGGGAAUUGACAGAAGUUCACUGAAUUCCCUUGAAGCCUCAUCUUUCUCCUCAAAGAAGAGAAAGCUUUUUGGUAGUAAGAAAAGGAAGUCUUUCUUCAUGAGAGAGCCAAAGAAUGACCAGGCUCCGGGAUCAGACUCUGAUGACGACUCCUCCCAGAAGCCACAUCUCCUGGAGCAGACCAAGCGCCUGUCCCAGAACCUGUCCGUGGACCACUUCGAUGAGCACGGAGACCCCCUCCAAAGGCAGAGGGCCCUGAGCGCUGUCAGCAUCCUCACCAUCACCAUGCACGAACAGGAAAAAGCCCAGGAGCCUUGCCUCCCCUGCGGGAAAAACCUGGCUUCCAAGUACCUGGUGUGGAACUGCUGCCCGCUGUGGGUGUGCAUCAAGAAGGCCCUGCGCGCCGUGGUGACGGACCCCUUCACUGAGCUGGCCGUCACCCUGUGCAUCAUCGUCAACACCGUCUUCUUGGCCCUGGAGCAUCAUAACAUGGACAAGGACUUCAAGGCCAUUUUGAGUACAGGGAAUUUGGUUUUCACUGCCAUUUUCAUAGCAGAAAUGUGCCUCAAAAUCAUGGCUCUUGAUCCCUACUACUACUUCCGUCAGCGCUGGAACAUCUUCGACUGCGUCGUCGCUCUCCUGAGCCUGGUGGACGUGAUUUACGUGAGGCACAACCUGCCCUACCUGCGUCCCCUCAGAGUGCUCCGGGUCUUCAAGUUAGCCAAGUCCUGGCCGACUCUAAACACGCUGAUUAAGAUAAUUGGACACUCUGUAGGAGCCUUCGGAAACCUGACGGUGGUCCUGGCCAUUGUGGUCUUCAUUUUCUCUGUGGUUGGCAUGCAGCUUUUUGGCUCUAAGUUCUGUUCUGUAAAGAGUAGGAAGCUGUGUAACCCUGGCGAGUCCUGUGCACGACGCUGGCACAUGGGGGACUUCUACCACUCCUUCCUGGUGGUGUUCCGCAUCCUGUGUGGGGAGUGGAUCGAAAACAUGUGGGAGUGCAUGCAGGAGAUGGACACCGAGGCGCCGCUGUGUGUGAUCAUCUUUGUGCUGAUCAUGGUGAUAGGGAAACUUGUGGUGCUCAACCUCUUCAUUGCCUUGCUGCUCAACUCCUUCAGCAGUGAGGAGAGGGGCGGAAGCGCGGAAGAAGAGACCAGGAAAACCAAAGUCCAGCUGGCCCUGGACCGGGUCCGCAAGGCCUUCGCGCGCCUGGUUCUCCUGGCCGGGCGUUUCUGCCGCAAGCGGUGCGGGAAGCGAAGCUCACGGAAGCAAACGGAGGGGCCGGCAGGCAGAGACCUUAUCGCCCUGGCCUCAGGGAAGAGAGGGGGCCCCGAGCCCCGGGAGGCCGUUGGUGCCCCGGCCUCCGGACCAAGGCUCUUGAGUAUUGGACACGGUCGGGCCUGGCUGGCCCCACUUGCGGAAGAGGACGACGCCACCUCUCUCGGAGAAGAUGAUCCGGCGGCCGCCACACAGCAGGCCUGCGAGCCCCAUCAGGAGACCGAGAAGCCCUCCAGCCCUGGAGUCGAAAGCCUGGAAGUUGACGUGUUCCCCGAAGAUGUUUGUCUGACUUCACAGACUCCCCAAAAGAAGGCUGACAGCAGCAGUGUCCUCUCGGAGUGCAGCACCAUCGACCUCCAGGAGGCCUUCCGGUGGUUGGCAGAGACGGCUCCCAGAAAGCAGCCGGACAGGUGCUUGCCCAAAGGCCUGAGUUCCUGUUGCCCAUGCUGCAGCGUGGACAAGAGAAAGUCCCCCUGGGCCACUUGGUGGAACCUGCGCAAAACCUGCUACCAAAUAGUAAAACACAGCUGGUUUGAGAGCUUCAUUAUCUUUGUGAUUCUGCUGAGCAGUGGGACGCUGGUAUUUGAAGAUGUUUACCUUAAGCGCCAGCCCAACAUUGAAAGAUUGCUCAAUUGUACCGACAAUAUUUUCACAUUUAUUUUUAUCCUGGAGAUGGGUCUGAAAUGGGUGGCCUUUGGAUUCAGGAAGUAUUUCACCAGCGCCUGGUGCUGGCUGGAUUUCGUCAUUGUGAUUGUGUCUGUGAUCAGCCUCAUCAACCUGAAGUCCUUGAAGUCCUUCCGGACUCUGCGAGCUCUGAGGCCACUCCGGGCGCUGUCGCAGUUUGAAGGAAUGAAGGUGGUGGUGAACGCUCUCAUAGGUGCCAUACCUGCCAUUCUGAACGUUUUGCUUGUCUGCCUCAUUUUCUGGCUCAUAUUUUGUAUCGUGGGAGUAAACUUCUUUUCUGGAAAGUUUGGAAAAUGCAUUAAUAAAACAGAUCCAAAUUUGUUUACAAAUCACACCAUCAUUACAUAUAGAAACCAAUGCCAAACUGACAACUUCUCUUGGGUCAACCCAGAAGUCAACUUUGACAAUGUGGGGCAAGCUUACCUCGCUCUGCUGCAGGUGGCAACGUAUAAGGGCUGGAUGGAGAUUAUGUAUGCUGCGGUUGAUUCCCGAGAUAAAGACGUACAGCCGGUGUUCGAGGCGAAUUCGUGUAUGUACAUCUACUUCAUAAUUUUUAUCAUCUUUGGCUCAUUCUUCAGUCUGAACCUCUUUAUCGGUGUUAUUAUUGACAACUUCAACCAACAGCAGAGAAAGAUAAGUGGCCAAGACAUCUUUAUGACCGAAGAACAGAAGAAGUACUAUAAUGCCAUGAAAAAAUUAGGAACCAAAAAACCCCAAAAGCCCAUCCCAAGGCCUCUGAACAAAUGUCAAGGUCUCGUGUUCGACUUAGUCACAAGCCAAGUGUUUGACAUCAUCAUCAUCCUCCUCAUCGUCCUGAACAUGGUCAGCAUGAUGAUGGAGACGACCGAGCAGUCUCGAGCCAUGACGGCCGUCCUGGACUACCUCAACGUCGCCUUCGUGGUCAUCUUCACGGCAGAGUGUCUCGUCAAAGUCUUUGCUUUGAGGCAGUACUACUUCACCAAUGGCUGGAACUUAUUUGAUGGUGUGGUCGUGGUUCUGUCUAUUGUCAGCACGAUGGUGUCCGCCCUGGAGAACCAGAAGCACAUUCCUUUCCCUCCGACGCUCUUCCGGAUCGUGCGCCUGGCCCGCAUCGGCCGCGUCCUGAGGCUGGUGCGGGCGGCCCGGGGCAUCAGGACGCUGCUCUUCGCGCUCAUGAUGUCGCUCCCGUCCCUGUUCAACAUCGGGCUCCUCCUCUUCCUCGUCAUGUUCAUCUACGCCAUCCUCGGCAUGAACUGCUUCUCUGACGUCAGCCCGCAGCCCGGCGUCGACGACAUCUUCAACUUCAGGACCUUCGUGAGGAGCAUGCUCUGCCUCUUCCAGAUCACCACGUCCGCGGGCUGGGACUCCCUGCUCAGCCCCAUGCUGAAGGCGGAGAACGCCUCCCGGAACCGCUACCUCCCGGCCAUAGCCAUCGCCUACUUCGUCAGCUACAUCAUCAUCUCCUUCCUCAUCGUGGUCAACAUGUACAUCGCCGUGAUCCUGGAGAACUUCAACACGGCCACGGAGGAGAGUGAGGACCCCCUGGGCGAGGACGACUUCGAAAUAUUCUACGAAGUGUGGGAGAAGUUUGACCCAGAAGCAACGCAGUUCAUCGCCUAUUCUGCCCUUUCCGACUUUGCCGAUGCCCUGCCGGAGCCUCUGCGGGUGGCAAAGCCGAACAAAUUCCAGUUUCUAGUGAUGGACUUGCCCAUGGUGAGCGGGGACCGGCUCCACUGCUUGGACAUUCUCUUUGCAUUCACCACCAGGGUGCUCGGCGACUCCAGCUGCCCGGACAGCAUGAAAGCAAUGAUGGAGGAGAAGUUCAUGGAAGCAAACCCUUUCAAGAAGCUCUACGAGCCCAUCGUCACCACCACCAAGAGGAAGGAGGAGGAGCGGGGUGCCGCAGUCAUCCAGAAGGCCUUUCGAAAGUACCUGACCAAGAUGACCAAGUGCCCCUUGGAAGACAGGCCCCCUCCCCCACUCCAGAUGCUCUGCAACGGAGACUUGCCCAGCGCCGAGGUCGCCAAGGGCAAGGCCCACUAUGACUGAGCCCCUCACCUGCUUCCCUACCUCACAGCCUCACAGCCUUGCUUGCAGCUCAGUGCAGGAACAAACCUUGGGCUCCGAGAAACUGGCCGUUCCAGCCUCCGGAGUGUCUGCCACACUUCAGAUCCUUCCUGCAGAGAGAGGUCUCAGAUAAAGCUGUCUGACCCUUAGCCACGGGCACUGCUUUACCACGGAAGAUUCUAGAAGGGGCUAGAGAGGACACACUAACGCUAGCAUUGACAUACAGUUCAGACUCAUUGAAACAAAAUAAUAGGUAAAAACACGUAAAAGUUUUAGAUUGUGUUUUGCGUAUGUUUCUAGACACAUUCAGUAUCUCUGAUGUUUUUGUCCGUGGAAAUAUGUGGUUUAUCACGCACAGUUCUUUUGCAUGCUAAAUGAGAGUUCAAAACAUGCCGCUAAACGAAUGGCCUAUUGCAGAUGGAUUUACCAACACUGGGUAUUUUAGGGUUAUUUCAAACCUAAGCAAAGAUCUUGGCUUGUCCGCUACCACUCUUUCUUUCAUAAGCCACAGUCUGCUAUGGGGACAUCUGAAAACCAGGGGUCAGCAUUUGGGGCACAGCAGGUUAAGCUGCUAGCGCAAUGCCAACAUCCCACAGGACACCAGUUCAAGUCCUGGCUGCUCCAGUUCUGACCCAGCUCCCUGCUACUGCAUCUGAGAAAGGCAGCAAACAUGGUCCACGUGCUUGGGCCCUUGCACCCCUGUGGGAGACCUGGAUGGAGUUCCAGGCCCCUGGCUUCAGUCCGGCCCAGUCCUGGUCAUUGAGGCCAUUUGGGAAGCGAAUCAACUAAUGGAAGAUCUUUCUCACUCUUCUCUCUUUCUCUCUUCAAAAUUCUGCCUUUCAAAUAAAUCUUUAGAAAAGAAUGGAAAAAAAUUGAAAAAUAAAGGACAUUUUCAAUUUUCAUUUCUUUCAAGCUAGUAUAGUAGUAUUUU